AUGGGGAUUGGAGAAUAUCAAAAAAACCUAAAAGAAGAUGAAAGGUUUUUGAUUAGAAAUGGAAAGAAAAAAGAAUGGAUAGAGAAGGAGUAUGAUAAAAUUAAUCGUUUAGAAUUUUUAUUGGUCUGAUAGUAGAAUUUAUAAAGGAUGACAAUUAUUUGUUCAAAGAGUUUUGGAAUUGA